AUGUCUUCUUUAAUGAUGAAAUUGACGAAAUCGGGUGACGUUCAACUCUCGAUGGAUUUUUCUCUCAAGAUGGGAAUCUUUAAUAAAUCCAUUGACGAAAAUUCAUUGUAUAAUGAAUUAUCAAAGAUGUCUCCUUGUACUUUGUACUUAAAAGUUGUAGAAUUGAUUGUUCACUCGAAAUCGCGAAGAGCGGUGAAUCACAAGAAUAAACCCCGUUCAUCACGUGCCCCAAGGCCUCAAAAUGCAUUCUUUAUAUUUCGUAGAAAUUUCACUGCAAAAUUGAAGAAAGAAGGGAAAAGAUUAAAAAAGGAUGAAAUCGGAGACUACUCCAAAGAGGCGGCCAAAGAAUGGCACGAGAAUCCGCAAAUUCAUUG